AAACAAUCACGUUAGUGGCGAGUCUAGUGACCUCUCUCUCUCUUAUUAUAUACUUUUGAGCUCUGCGUUUGCGUCUCCAAAAAUGUCAGCCGAACCCCCGUAUCACCAACUUACUCAAGCCUAUGAAAAUCCAAAUCCCAUCUAAAGCCCUAAUGAAACAAUGACAUUUAAUUCUUUCUCUGGACGUCUAUAUACAGAACAGAUACAUCGGCAAACCCACCUCUGCAAUGAAAAUCUUACCUACAUUCCUCCGACCAAUCUUACAGUUCUACUCAAAUCAACCAAAGUCUCGCUAUUUCAACACUUCCUCAUUAGAUGCUAUAUCUGAAGAAGUUCUGAACAUCGUUAACACACAAAGCCCCAUGGAAGUGUGUCUCGAGAGGAUGGUUUGUUUUCUCUCUCCCGAAACUGUAACUUCUGUACUUCAAGAACAGCGAAAUAACCCCGAACUGGGUUUUCGAUUUUUUGUGUGGGCAGCGAAAAGAAAGAAGUUUCGGAGCUGGGAUUCGCAUAAUUUGGUUGUCGAUAUGCUUAUCAAGGAUAAUGGGUUUGAAAUGUAUUGGAAAACUCUUGAAGAGCUCAAUAGUUGUGAGGUUCCGAUUUCGUCAGACGCCUUCGCAGUGUUGAUUGCGGCGUAUUGGAAGCUACAUAUGGCCGAAAAGGCAGUGGAAUCUUUUGGUAGGAUGAAGGAUUUUGAUUGCAAUCCCGAUUUGUUUACGUAUAACAUGAUAUUGCACGUUAUGGUGAAAAAAGAAGUACUUUUGUUGGCUUUAGCAGUUUAUAAUAUGAUGUUGAAGUCGAAUUGUGGUCCAAAUUGUUCUACAUUUAGUAUUUUAAUUGAUGGAUUAUGUAGAGCCGGCAGAACCCAGGAUGCGCUUAAGUUGUUCGAUGAAAUGACUCAGAGAGGUAUACAGCCUAAUAAAAUAACUUAUACUGUAAUUCUUUCGGGUUUAUGUAAAGCAAAGAAACCUGAUGAGGCACUUAGACUGUUUAAUACAAUGAGAAGCAGUGAGUGUUCUCCUGAUUUAAUUAUUUACAAUGCUUUGCUUAACGGGUUCUGUAAACUGGGUAGAAUUGAUGAGGCGUUUACGCUUUUGUGGUCUUUUAAGAAGGAUGGGUAUGUUCUCCACUUAAAUGGGUAUAGUUGUUUGAUUGAUGCUUUGUUUAAAGCUGGGAGGUUUAGUGAAGCUCGUGAUUUGUUUCAAAAAAUGUUUAAGGAAAACAUUAAACCUGACCUUGUCUUGUACACAAUCAUGAUCCAGGGGUUAUCUGAAGCGGGCAUGUUUAAGGAUGCAUUGGAGUUGUUAAGGUUGAUGACAGAGAGAGGUGUGAUACCAGAUACUCAAUGUUACAAUACUAUGAUCAAAGGGUUUUGUGGUAUGGGUCUUUUGGAUCAGGCUCGGUCUCUUCAACUUGAAAUUUCAAAGCAUGACUGCUUCCCGGACACUUGCACUUACACCAUUCUUAUCUGUGGCAUGUGCAAGAAUGGUCUGGUGGCCGAGGCAAAACAAAUAUUCAGUGAGAUGGAGAAGCUUGGAUGUUUUCCUAGUGUUGUGACCUUCAAUGCUCUUAUUGAUGGGCUUUGUAAGGCGGGCGAGCUUGAGGAAGCUCACCUUCUGUUUUACAAGAUGGAGAUUGGGAGAAAUCCUUCAUUAUUCCUUCGGCUUUCUCAAGGCACAGAUAGGGUUCUUGAUGGUGCAAGCCUCCAAACAUUGGUGGAGAAAUAUUGCGAGUCAGGUUUGAUUCUUAAAGCUUACAAGCUUCUUACGCAGCUUGCUAAUAGUGGGGUCGUACCGAACAUCACGACUUACAACAUUCUGAUCAACAGCUUGUGCAAGUCAGGAAACACACCCCAUUCAGGAAAAAAAAAAAAGUUAGGAAACAUAAAUGGUGCUUUAAAGCUCUUCAAGGACCUCCAACUCAAGGGGCAUUCCCCUGAUUCAGUUACAUAUGGAACACUUAUUGAUGGGCUUUAUAGGGUUGACCGAGAAAAGGAGGCCUUUGGGGUCUUUGAACAAAUGACAAGGAAUGGGUGCACUCCCAGCACAGCAGUUUACAGGUCGCUUAUGACUUGGUCUUGCCGAAAGCAGAAGAACAUUUCUGUUGCUUUUGGUCUUUGGUUGAAGUAUUUGAGGAACCUUCCUGGCCGGGAAGAUGAAGCAAUUAGAUUAGUAGAGGAACAUUUUGAAAAAGGAGAGUUGGAAAAGGCCAUCCGAGGCUUACUUGAAAUGGACUUCAAGUUGAGAGAUUUUGAUUUGGCACCUUAUUCCAUUUGGCUCAUUGGAUUAUGUCAGGCCAGAAGAACAGAGGAAGCCUUGAAGAUAUUUAACAUUCUCAAGGAGUGUGGGAUCAAAGUGUCUCCUCCGAGUUGUGUGGUGUUGAUGAAUAGCCUCUGCAAUGAACAAAACUUGGACCAGGCAAUAGAGAUUUUCCUUUAUACUCUUGAUAAAGGUUUCAAGUUGAUGCCGCCAAUUUGCAACCGGCUGCUCAAGGGACUUCUUCGUUCUCAAGGGAAAGCAAAGCUUGCCCUUGAUCUUGUGAACAGAAUGAAAUCUGUGGGAUAUGAUUUGGAUGUCUACCUUUACCCAACUACAAUAUCCCUUUUGCAUGUUCAUGGGAAUUCACAGGAAAUGGAAAAUGUGUCUCCUGGCUGAACAUGGUUACUGGAGUGCCAAUGCAAGCAUGAACUGGUUCUUUCACACACUGUCCAACUUCCUGCAACUGUUGUAAUUCUCAUCAUUCCUGCAAUCUUUUCCCCUUGUUAACCUGUUUCAACUUUCUAAUCCCCAUGAUGGAGGUGCCUGUGAUAUAGAGUUGUCAGACAUAAAAGGGAUGACCCAUUUUUUAUGCCUGCAAAAUUUUCAUUACUCUCGUUUUUUUUUUUUUUUUUUUUUUGGGGGGUAGAGUAUCAUCAAUAAAUAAUAAUAGCAUAAAAAUUCAUUUGGUUC